AUGAAAAAUCAUAAUAUUUUACUUAUUGGAAAGACAGGUUCUGGUAAAUCUAUAUUUAUAAAUACGAUUGCGAAUUAUGUGUUUCGCUGUGAAUUGAAUGACUUUGCAGUUGUUAUACCCAAUCAAUAUCAUCAACAGAAUGCAAUGAGAGCUAUACAAUCGAAUGAAAAUCAGAGUAAUAAUACAGGUGAAACACAAACAAUCAAUUAUACACCGGGUUUCGGUGAUACCAGAGGCGUAGAGUAUGAUCGAUUCAAUUCCACCCAGAUGUUGAAUACGGUAGUAGAACAACAAGAUAUUACUUGUGUAAUUAUAGUUAUCAAUGGCAGUGAUUCGAGAAUGACCGAGCAUAUGAAAUACGUUUUUCAAACUAUAAAAGACAGUCUGCCGUCUCAAGUAUUUGCAAACAAUGUAAUAGUUGUAUACACCAAUUGUUUAGAACCAAACGUACAAAUUGAGAACUUUGGACUGCCUACUAUCAAACCAGAGCUGAUAUAUACAAUGCAAAACUCAGCAUUUGGACCGGAUUUUAAAGGUAUAACUGUUAAAGCACAGAGACAGAGAACUGUCGAUUGGAAUAACUCUAUGGAAACCAUAGGAGAUAUCAUUGGUGUCAUUAGCUCAAUGAAUCCAUUAUCAACUAAAUACUUUAAUGAAAUCCUUAGAAACAGAGAAACGAACAGUGGGUUUAAAGAACGCUACUCAGAUGAAUUGAUUAGCAAUUCUACAAGAAUUGUUGAACAAAAUGAACAUGCACAAAAAUUAAGUAAUUUACUCUUUAAAAACUUGAAUACUCAUGUUUUAACUGAUUGUAUUUCAUAUCUUUAG